AUCACUUGAGGGAGUUUUGGCUUGAAUGCUUGGUAUCAAUUGGUAAAAAUGUACCCACAGCAACAACACCAUGUUCCCUACACCAACAUACAGCAACCAUACUAUUCUGCAAACCCAUUCUUGUUAUCGUUCCCUUUCCCCUCCGAUUCUGCUCUUCACCCUCCUGGCAUCAUCGACCCACUUGGAAAUUCAACACCUUCUGCUGCUUAUGGAGCCCAAACAACAGAUUCUCAGAACUGGAUCGUCAAACAAGCUGACCCCAUCAGAUAUGAUCUUGCUGUUGGUUCAUCACAUGAGACUUUGGCAGCAUCAGCAAAUUUGCUUUCCACAUGGAAUGACACAUGGUCACAUCAAUAUUUCACUAAUAAUAUUGCAGGAAUGUUACCUAACCAGACCAAAGACACGAAACCAAUGAGAUGUGAAGUUUGCAAAAUUGAUUGUAACAGCAAAGAUGUUUAUGAUAAGCACAUAAUAGGGAAGAAACACCAGAGGAAUUUGCAGGAACAGAUUAAUUCCACCAAUACAUUAUUAGCAGGACCCUCUCAUGUGAGUGUACAAAGUUACACAAGUAGUGUCCAAGCACAAGUGUUAACUGGUGCCGUAGGAAAGGACUUAGAGUCUAAGAAACGGAAGCUUUUGAAUGGUGGUGCGCCCAUUGAUUCUGUAAAGGUUUGUACGGUAUGCAACAUUGUGUGCAAUAGUCAAGAAGUAUUUAACAAACAUCUAGCAGGAAAAAAGCAUGCUGCUCAGGUUGGCUUGAUGUCUAAUAAUGGGAUUGGUCCAUAUAUUGCUGCAUUUAAGCGACAAGGUAUUGGUCCUUGGAAGAAAGCUCCAAAGAAAAUCAAGGUUGCUCAAUCAGCAUGGUGUGAAGUUUGUAAGAUUAAUUGUAAUAGCAGGGAUGUGUAUAUUGUACACUUAUCUGGGAAGAAACACCUGAAGAACUUGGAGAAACUAUCAAAACCAAAAAUUGAUGCUGCUGCUGGUGCUGCUACCACCACAGCAAAUGCUUUGCAACUUGCGGCGAAUCCGGUAAUCGGGCCACAGGAAAAGCCAGAUUCUGAUAAACUGAAAUCACAGAAGGAACCAGAAAUGGAUAUCGAGACAAAGAAGCGUAAAGUUGUAGAAGGGGGGGCUGCAGCAGGGGCUGUUAGAUUUUGCACUCUAUGCAAUGUGGUAUGUAACAGCGAAACGGUUUUUAAUGCUCACCUUACUGGGCAUAAACAUGGUGCUAUGGUGAAGAAGCAGACAGAGUCAAGAGGGGCAACUACUGGCUGAGAUGAUUACUGCCAUAGUGCCAUCUAAACUUGGUGAUAAUAGUAUGCAGUGAUCACUGUUCUUUUGCUAAUUGCUAACUUCAACUCUUUUAUCUGCCAUUGGGUGUCUUGUAUAGCUUUUGUGUAGGAGAGAAAUCUGCACUUUGUGGUUGGGAAAGUAAAUAUUCUUUGGCAUCUCAUGAUUCAGUUCAUUUUAAG